GGGAUAUAUACGAUAAAUACAGGAAGUAGAUUGACCCAAAGACUCAAGGUGGAGUCAGGGAGGAGGCCCAGAGGCGGGCGAUGGCAAGGCCAGCACCCCGAGCCAUGUUCAGGAUGUGGCAGGAGAGAGAGGACCCGACCAUAAGAGUCGAGGAGAUUGUGGGAGAAAGUGAAGAAAUAACUCAGCGGCUUAAGGCAGGGACUAUAAAGGACGAGCUGAUAGUCGUUGAGUCAGAUGAUGAAGGGCAGGAAGGCGAAAGAGAGUCGGCCAUAACCAUCUUGGAAAAGAUGGAGGACUUGUUGGGGAAAGUGGAGAGGCACCAACAAAAGUUAAAGAGUUUAUGUGAUGAGACUCGGGAGUGGGAGGCUAACCUCCCCGGGGUCUUCCUUUAUGACUCCGGGCCCGAACCGCCGUUGGGGCAACAGGGAUACCCGAGGGUUGCGACGGUGGGAGACGACCCUAGGUCGGGCAUGACCUACAGACCCCCCACCUCACAUGGAAGAGUGCCACAGACGGCACGAACCAGGAGCCAAAACAAGGCUGAAACCAUUCAAGAGCCCGGCCAGGCGCCCAGUCAGGCACCACCUCGAAAGGAGCCUGAGCUAGGACGCAGGAAGGAGGUGGUCGAGGUUCCAGAAGAAGAUGAGGAGGAUGAAGACGAAGAGGAUGAGAGGCUCCGACAAGAGGAAGACCGGCGGGCGGAGCUAAGGGCCAAGAAGAGAGGAACUCAGGAGGAAGCCGAGCCAAGCCUGCCUGACAGCGUACCUAAGAAGAAGAAGUAUGCAGUUUGGCUGGAAGAGGGUUUCGAUGUGGAGCGAAUGGUAGAUAGGCUCCUGGAAGGCCAUAAUGACCUGAUGAAUUUAAAGGACAUCUUAGCAUCAGCACCAAGGCUCCGUGACGGACUGAAGGGGCGGCUCUCGCAAACUCUAGUGCCCAAUGUCCACCUGAGUACGAUCCUGCCGAGGGAGGUAGAAUGGACUGAAGCAGGGAGGAGGAUGGACUGGAAGUGUGUGGCGUGUGGCCAGGUGGAUUUUGUGGUAAAGGAUCAGAAGUGUAUCGGGAUGGUGGACACGGGCGCGUACCGCGCAUAUGCAUUCAAUGACGAUCAGCGUGGAAGGCUGGAUGUGGACAAGAUCCCAAUGAUUCGGAUCCACACGGUCCCACAGGAGCCAUGGAACCUGAGAGGCGCACGAUAUCCUAACCCAGACGAGGAGAAGAUGGUGGUGGACUACCUGGAUGGCAAGAUGCGCACAAAUGUUGCCGACUAUUCCAGCGGGCCAUACUCUUACCCCUGGUUUUGCUUCAUUAAGCCAAACAGGACGUUGCGGUGGGUGCAGGAUUUACAACGGCUAAAUGUCGUGACAGUGCGGGAUGCGGGAGGAUUGCCAAACGUGAACGCAUUGUCAGAGUCAUGUGCAGGAAGGCCUAUAAUUUUGCUUAUAGACCUCUACUCUGGGUAUGACCAGUUUCCUGUAUACCCGCCAGACAGGCCUGUGACGGCGAUGCAUACGCCCAGAGGGCUAAUUCAUAUGAAUCUAGCCCUCAAGGCUGGACGAAUGCAUUGGCAAUGGUGCAAAGGCAUAUGAUUAGAGCCAUGCAGACGGUCAGUCCACACAUCACCCAACCCUAUAUUGAUGACUUGGCGGUCAAAGGUCCGAAAGAAAAGGAAGAAGAUGAAGUGAUGCCCGGGGUAAGGCGGUUUGUCUGGAAGCAUGUCCAGGACCUUGAUCAGGUCCUAAGCUUGCUGGAAGAAUAUGACCUCACAGCAAGCGGCCCGAAGUCUAAGCAUUGUAUGAGGGAGGCGACAAUUUUGAGUUUUGUCUGUAAUGAGAGUGGCCGGAGGCCUGAUGUGAAGAAGAUGGAUAAAAUCGUGGAAUGACU